UGAGGCGUGACGCACGGGAACGUCACGGGAAUUCCCCCCUCCUGGGGGCGCCGAAGGGGCUUUCCCGGUUGGGAGGCCUGGUGGCCAGAGUGGAGUCGCGACCCCGUCCGAGCUGGUUCAGACUGGGAGAGAAGCCGAAACCGGAGCCGCGGCCGCGGCGGGCGCCUGAAACUGGAAAACAGAACCGGCCAAAGCCACCAGACAGAGCCGGGCCUAGCCCAGCAAUAUGGACAGUUGCUACGACCCGGGUCUGGAUGGCAUCAUUGAGUAUGAUGACUUAAAAUUCAACCCAUCCAUCGUGGAGCCCAAGGAACCAGCCCCAGAGACAACUGACGGCCCCUACCUGGUGAUUGUGGAACAGCCUAAGCAGCGGGGCUUCCGAUUUCGAUAUGGCUGUGAAGGCCCAUCCCAUGGAGGACUGCCAGGUGCCUCCAGUGAGAAGGGCCGCAAGACCUACCCCACUGUCAAGAUCUGUAACUACGAGGGACCAGCCAAGAUUGAGGUGGACCUGGUCACUCACAGUGACCCACCUCGUGCUCACGCCCACAGUCUGGUGGGCAAGCAGUGCUCUGACCUGGGUGUCUGCGCCGUUUCUGUGGGGCCCAAGGACAUGACAGCCCAAUUUAACAACCUGGGGGUCCUGCAUGUAACCAAGAAGAACAUGAUGGAGAUCAUGAUACAGAAGCUUCAGAGGCAGCGACUUCGCUCCAGACCACAGGGCCUUACAGAGGCUGAGCGCCGUGAGCUGGAGCAGGAAGCCAAGGAGCUCAAGAAAGUAAUGGACCUGAGCAUUGUGCGGCUGCGCUUCUCUGCCUUCCUGCGAGCCAGUGAUGGAUCCUUCUCCCUGCCCCUGAAGCCAGUCAUUUCCCAGCCCAUCCACGACAGCAAGUCUCCUGGGGCCUCCAACUUGAAGAUUUCUCGAAUGGACAAGACAGCUGGCUCUGUACGGGGUGGAGAUGAGAUUUAUCUGCUUUGUGACAAGGUGCAGAAAGAUGACAUCGAGGUUCGGUUCUACGAGGAUGAUGAGAAUGGAUGGCAGGCCUUUGGGGAUUUCUCUCCCACAGAUGUUCACAAACAGUAUGCCAUUGUAUUUCGGACACCUCCCUAUCACAAGAUGAAGAUUGAUCGCCCUGUGACUGUGUUCCUGCAGCUGAAACGCAAGCGUGGGGGUGAUGUCUCAGACUCCAAACAGUUCACCUAUUACCCACUGGUGGAAGACAAAGAAGAGGUGCAGCGGAAGCGAAGGAAAGCCUUGCCUACCUUCUCCCAGCCCUUCGGGGGUGGCUCUCACAUGGGUGGAGGCUCCGGGGGCUCAGCUGGGGGUUAUGGAGGAGCUGGAGGAGGUGGUGGUCUGGGCUUUUUCCCUUCCUCCUUCGCCUACAACCCCUACCAGUCGGGCGCGGCCCCCAUGAGCUGCUACCCGGGAGGCGGGGGCGGGGCGCAGAUGGCCGCGCCCAGCGUAGAUGCCAGGGAGGAAGCGGCGCCAACAAGCGAAGCGCCAGGCGAGGAGCAGCUGCAGCAAGCCCGCGAGUACAAUGCGCGCCUGUUUGGCCUGGCGAGACGCAGCGCCCGAGCCUUGCUCGACUACGGCGUCACCGCAGACGCACGCUCGCUGCUGGCUGGACAGCGCCACCUGCUGACUGCUCAGGACGAGAAUGGAGACACGCCGUUGCACCUGGCCAUUAUCCACGGGCAGACCAGUGUCAUUGAGCAGAUCGCCCAUGUCAUCUAUCACGCCCGGCACUUGGGCGUCGUCAACCUCACCAAUCACCUGCACCAGACACCUCUGCACCUGGCGGUGAUUACUGGGCAGACGAGAGUGGUGAGCUUCCUGCUGCAGGUGGGUGCAGACCCUGGACUGCUGGACAGGCACGGAGACUCAGCAGUACACCUGGCACUGCGGGCAGGCGCUGGUGCCCCUGACAUGCUGCGCACCCUGCUGUGGAGCGGGGUGCCCACCAUGUCCCAACUGCUGCAUGUGCCUGACUUCCAGGGACUGUACCCAGUGCACCUGGCAGUCUGUGCCCGAAGCCCUGAGUGCUUGGAUCUGCUGGUGGACAGUGGGGCUGAAGUGGAGGCAGCUGAGCGACAGGGGGGUCGGACAGCCCUGCAUCUGGCCACAGAGAUGGAAGAGCUGGGGCUGGUCACCCACCUGGUCACCAAGCUCCAUGCCAAUGUAAAUGCCCGCACCUUUGCUGGAAACACACCCCUGCACCUGGCAGCCGGACUGGGCUCUCCAACACUCACCCGUCUCCUUCUAAAGGCUGGAGCUGACAUACACACAGAGAAUGAGGAGCCGUUGUGCCCACCGCCGUCGCCCCCCACCUCUGGCAGUGACUCCGAUUCUGAGGGAUCUGAGGACCCUCCAAGCAGCUUCCGGGGCCACACACCUCUUGACCUCACUCGCAGCACCAAGGUGAGGACCUUGCUGCUAACUGCUGCUCAGGACACCAUGGCCCCGCCCCUGACCCCACCCAGCCCCGCAGGACCAGAGCUGCCACUUGAGGAGACAGUCCUGCAGAACCUGGAGCACCUGCUGGAUGGCCCAGGAGCCCAAGGCAGCUGGUCAGAGCUGGCGGAACGGCUGGGGCUGCGCAGUCUAGUGGACACAUACCGAAAGACAGCCUCACCCAGUGGCAGCCUCCUGCGUAGCUACAAGCUGGCUGGCGGGGACUUGGCGGGUCUGUUGGAUGCCUUGUCUGACAUGGGCCUAGAGGAGGGUGUGAGGCUGCUGAGGGGCCCUGAGGCCCAGGACAAGCUGCCCAGCACAGCAGAGGUCAAGGAGGACAGUGCAUACGGCAGCCAGUCAGUGGAACAGGAGGCAGAAGAGAAGCUGGGCCCGCCCCCUGAGCCACCGGGAGGGCUCUGCCAUGGGCACCCCCAGCCUCAGGUGCACUGAUCCCCAACCCCUGACCAGCCCUUUCCUGGGCCUCUCUGUACAGUACCCUGCCUGUUCCAGUUCUUAUUUAACACCCCAUGCCUCAGUUGGGGCAAAUAAAGGAUUCUCAUGGGAAAGAGGGGGGCCCAGCCCCCCCCCAAUUUACAGUAGCCCCAAUGUGA